GCUCUAGCUCAGUUGUGUAUGGACCCCAUGCAAUGAGGUACUCGUAUUCGCAUCUGUUCGGACUUCAAACCUUUAUUUUCAUACUUUUCAUUCAGAUUUUAUUGUUAAAAGAAUUAUCAUCAGAAGAAACCAAGACUACAGGUCCACCAACAGGAACUUUGUCCCGCCUUUCUGGUCUGAAAUCGGUUGGCAUACAAAAUGGCGUUAAAGUGUAUAGUGCUGCAAGGAACAUAUACAAAAAUGCAAAACAAGUGGCAACAACCUACGUGAGUGGUGUGGUGACAGACGUUUGCCUUAAUAAUUUGGACGACAAGUACGAUGUCUUGGACCAGUACAUGUACCUCCGGGGCCUGCAGAAAAACCAACCAGAAGAUUUUUACAAAUGUUUGAUUAACAAUGUUGAGAGGAUUGCACCGAUAGUCUACAUGCCUGUGGUGGCGAAAGCGAGUAAGAAUUAUAAGACGAUCGUUAAAAACGAUCUGCAAAUUGGUCUCAUCAUCAAUAUGGACGAUGCCAAUCGUGAAAUCACCGUGGAGCUGAUGAUAUGGACACAGAAUAAUCCCAACAGUGAUGUAAGUGUUGUCUUGGUCACGGAUGGAGAGCGAGUGUUAGGCGUGGGAGAUCAGGGAGCAAACAGCUUGGCAUUUCUUGAGGGCAAAGCAGCUAUGCAUUCUACCCUGGGAGGGGUCCACCCAGACAAUAUUCUUACUGUUGCCUUGGAUGUUGGAACUAACAAUCAGAACCAUUUGAGAAGAAAACAUGCAAAAUACGCAGGAAACAAACGCCAAAGAACUACUGAUAAACUUCAAUAUAGUAACUUCAUUACAGAAUUUGUAGAGGCCGUGCAUGACGCUUUUGGCGAAACUACCCUGAUUCAGUUUGAAGGCUUUUCGACCGAAAAUGAAUACUCUUUUCUGAAAACAUUUCAAGAAAAAUACCCGAUUUUCAUUGACAACAUACAAGGCGCAGCAGCUACUACCUUGGCAGGAGUAUUGGGGGCUGACAAACUGAGAAAAUCUUCAACUAGCAUAACUCAAGCAAAGGUUUUAAUCGUUGGAGCUGACACAGUAUACGAGUCAGCACUCGGCAUAGGGACACUUAUGGUGGAAGCAAAUUUCAAGAGUGACAACAUAUAUAUGAUGGAUAAAAAGGGUCUUCUAACAGACUGUAGUGAACUGGAGGACAAAAAUGCACAGCUAUUUUGCCAUCAAUUAGAUAAAGGACAAGACACUGUUAAUCUUGAAAAUAUCGUUUUGUGGCUGAAACCUAAUGUUCUGAUUGGCGUUUCCGGAGCAAAAGAUCUGUUCACUCAAAAUGUAUUAAAUAAUAUGAAAAAAGCCAAUGUGGGUCAAUCACCUCCAAUAAUAAUGCUAGAGUGCACAAUUGGAGAAAGUUAUAUAUACGCUAAGGGCAAUCUAUUUACCGCCAAUGAAAAGCUAUUCGAGGAAGACUCAGAGGGUGGAAGUAAGAAAAGUAAGAAAAGACCAUGGAAGACGUUGUAUGACAUUUUCCUCACUCGCAGGCAGAACUUUGAGAUCGUCCAAUGCAACGAUAACUACAUCUUCCCAGGUAUUGUUCAGGGAGUGAUUUUGGCUCAGAUGAAAAAGGUGCCCAACAAGGUGUUUGCAAUUGCAGCAGAGACCAUGGCAUCAGAGUGUAUAAAGAAAUACAACGAUAAAACUAAGAGUAUUUACCCUUCCCUGCCAGAAUGGAUGGACUGUUCUGUAAGCAUCGCUGCCGCUAUAGUUCAGUUUGCUGUGAAAGAAGGUCUGUCGAAUUUAAAAAGCAAUCCACCAGGGAUGGAAAGCUGGACUUUAAAUGAAUACAAGGUUUAUGUUAAGGAGAAGCAAUACAAAGUUGGUGUUCAGUGGAAGCUAAAGAAGAGGAUUCGUGAAUAUCUUAAGACUGACUGUGUCAAAGGAGUGGAUGCAAAGCUUGACGGUUUGUCGAAAUACAUAUACCUUCGACAAUUACAGGUGGAGAAACAGGAAGAAUUUUACAAGUGUAUUAUCGAGAACUUGGAAAAGAUGCUUCCAAUAAUCUACACUCCGGUUGUAGGAAAAGCUUGCAAAAACUACAAAAUUGUCGUUGAUAAAGGAGGCAACAUUGGAAUCACACUUAGCUACAAAAAAGACAAGGGUCAGAUUGAAAAUAGACUAAGGGAAUGGAAGAAUAAGCACCAACCCGAGGUAAAGGCUAUCGUAGUAACUGAUGGCGGCCGUAUCCUGGGUCUGGGUGACUUGGGAGCUAACGGGAUGGGCAUUCCAGUAGGAAAACUAGCACUUUAUACGGCUCUUGGUGGUAUAGACCCCAAAGUGUGUCUACCAGUCACCCUAGACGUCGGAACCAACACAGAGGAACUACGAGGAGUCAAGAAACAUAAGUACAUUGGUAUAGACAUGGGAAGAAUAAAAGAUAAAGAGUACGAUGAUUUCAUUGACGAGUUCGUUAAAGCCGUUAUAGAAGUCUACGGAAAAACUACGCUGAUCCAGUUUGAGGACUUUGCAAACCCCACCGCCUACCCAAUACUAAAGCGUUACCAGGAUAAGUACACAGUGUUCAACGACGAUAUCCAAGGGACAGCUGCUACCGCUGUGGCGGGGAUCUUGGCAGCGGCGAGGUUCAGGAACACCAAGAUAGAUGACGCUAAGGUUCUAUUCGUAGGGGCUGGCUCAGCCGCACUUGGGAUUGGGACACUAAUAGUGCAAGCCAUGGAGGGGGGUGAUAUAGAGAAAAACAGGAAGAAGAUAUAUAUGAAGGACGUGUACGGACUUUUAACCUCUGAGAAAUGUGGUCAUCCAACUCCAUUCGAUGAAAAUGAUGGAAGGAGAAAGUUCUGUCAUAAUGAGGAACCAAACGACUUUGAGAAUCUCGAAAACAUAAUACUAUGGUUAAAGCCAAAUAUACUCAUUGGUGUCUCUGGAGUUCAAGGUCUUUUUACGCCUAAGGUCCUCGAAAACAUGGCUGCAGUAAAUAAGGAGGUUAGACCCAUAAUCAUGCCCCUCAGCAACCCUACGUCCAAGUCAGAAUGUACAGCUGAAGAAGCUUACAAAUAUGCUAAGGGGUGCUUCUUCGCAAGCGGAUCUCCCUUUGCCCCUGUCUACGUGGACAACGAAGUACUCCAGUCUUUGGGGCACGAACUUUCAAAUCCUAAUGGGAAACAUUUAAAACCAGCACAGUGUAACAAUGAUAACAUCUUCCCAGGUGUGGCUCUAGGUAUAGUUGUGGCGGAAAUGGUGAAAGUUCCUGAACAUGUGUUUUUGCUUUCCGCAGAGACUCUUGCAUACAAGUGUUUGCAGAAAAGCGAUUUUGAAAACGGAAGCCUGUACCCCGAACCUAAACACUUAAGAACAUGUUCAGUUAAAGUAGCAGCUGCAGUGGUCGAAUAUGCAUUCAAUACGAAAGGACUUUCCGCACUGAAAGAAAAGCCCGAUGGAUGGGAAACAUGGACGUUUGAGGAUUACGAAGCCUUCGUCAAGGAAAAACAGUAUAAUCCAUGAUACGCUAGCGUUUUAAAAAUGCAAUUUAAAAAUUAAUGCGAAUCACAAACGAUAGCUAUAAAUAGACUAAAAUAUGUAUUAAUUAAAAUGUAUGUAUGUGCUUAGCACGAAACUUAAUUAGUGCUCUGCAUAUACUUAAAAACUAAUUAUUCUCUCAUGAAAUUAAAUAACUCAAUGAUGCCUAGUGAUAGUUUCAAAGUUAUCAUUUGAAAAUUACUAAAUGUAUUUUAUUGAUUAAUUUCUAUGUAAACAGAAAGACAAAUUUAUAAAUGUUGUCCUAACUAAAUUGACAAAAUAAACUACGUGUUUAUGGUUAUAAACCUCCACUUGUCGAUACAUAUGCAACCAAAGUUUAACUGAUAUCUUUGAAAUUUUAUAAACUUUUGUUGAUCGUUUUAAUUUUAAGUUAUUUAAACUAUAAGUUUAACCUUCAUUAAAUUGUUUGUAACACUAGCAUUUUUGUUGGAACGUCAUAUGACUUAAUACAACCUAACGUCAUUAUUACAGCCUAAUUCUACCUCAUUGCAAUGAACGGAUUAAGCUAGUAUUCAAAAUUAAUAUGUUUUCCUUAUUUAGUUUUGUAUCUUAUUAUCCAGUGUGUUAAGUGUGUUAGGUAACCGAGUAAAAUAAAUUAUACAGUUUACACGUCAAACAGAAUGCCAUUGCUUAUACCCGUAGUGAUUUUCCUUAAGUCAAAUUAGUAUUUCAUUUUUAAGUCGCUUAACUUGUAUAACUCACUUAAGAUUUAAAAAAUCCCAUAAGUUUGUGUUAAGCAAUUAUUUACCUGAGCAAGUGGGAUUGAAGCAACUUUUUUCGGUUUACAUACUAAAAACCACCUUAAAUAAAC